AUGGAGGGCAUGACUGUUAUUCAGUUUAUGAUGCAUAACUUUGAACAAGGCGAGUAUCGAUAUUGGCAUCGCGUCGAUAGUGAAACGAGCAACACGAUUACAGAUAUUAUGUUUGCAUGUCCCGAAUCUAUUAAGUUACUACGGUUGUUCCCGUAUGAUAUGCCUCUUUUGGAAAUAAUUGAGAUAACUCCAGUUGGGAGGAAUUUUACAAUUACUGUUGCAUUUAUGUCGCAUGAAGAUGCAGACACCUACGAGUGGACUUUGAAUUGUUUGAAAGAGUUGCUAGAUGGUGUCGAACCUGAUGGGAUCUUGACAUACAGGGAGUUGGGUCUUUUGAAUGCACUGCAAAAAAUAAUUGUUGAGGCAAAUGCGACGAAAUUUAUGGGAGGCAAAAAAGACCAAGGUCUAAUAUUCCGACGUGUGCUGUGGGCUAAGCUGGAGAAGUUUGUUCGAGUAUAUACUCGCAAUGUGUAUCAUUUUGGCAACACGAGCACCAACAGGGUGGAGAAUGCUCAUUCUUCAGCGAAUGGUUGGUUAAAUGCUUCGCCCGGAGGUCUGGAUAACGUGCAAGGCAAACUUCGGGACCAAGUUUAUAUCCAAAUUAGUCAGCUGAAGUGCGAUUUUUCAUUAUCAUCCAAGAUAAAGAAGCAUACUGCAGCAUGGCCGUGUUUUCAGUGUUUGAUUUGUUAUAUUACGCAUCUGGCAUUAGAGAAAUUGGAUCAAGAGAUGGAGUCCCCGGCGAUGCAAGAUCCGAGUAUUUGCACACACUAUCUUUGGAAUACUCAUGGGCUCCCAUGCGCGUGCAAAAUUGUGCAUAAAAUGGAAGAUAAUGACACGUUCGUCAUUUCAGACUUGCAUCCAUUCUGGAGUACCAUGGCAGUUGAGCCUUCGGAGCUACCUGAGUAUCAAGUAAACCGCGAGGAGAUUGUGGAUAGACAGAUUGAUGACCUGAAUUGCAAUUUGAAGAAGAUGAAUUACACGAGUAAGAUAAAUGAUGUGGCCUCAUUGCGUGGCAUCGUUUAUCCGUCUACGUUGCAUCUGGCCGAGCCAUCAUUUGUUAAGACCAAAGGACGACAAAAGAAUAACUCGACAAAGAGAGACCCUUCCGGAUGGCAGUAUCAUAUUGAUGAGGGGACAAUUAAGUCGUCUUGUGGUUCCAAGGGUCGCCAAACCUCAUAUGGUGCAAAGAUUCCUAAAGCAAAGGUUGAGAGAAGCACUGAUGGAACGCCUCAAUCGAAGAUGAAAGGUCGUGGUUCUCGUAUUCCCACACAAGAAUCCGUUGCCCCUACAAUACCUGCACAUGAAGGAAUCGACUUUUAUUCUUUCGUGCCCAGAUUUAUGGUCCAUCUGUGUUUCCAAAUUUCGGAUGGAAGCUUGGGUGGAUGUCAUAAAUUGAGCUAA